ACACGAUUCUACGCUUCCCCGGACUUUACCAGCAGUGACGAAAAUGACAAUGGAUGUGGAGGCAGAAGUUGGGGAAGGGGAAUAUCAACAACAGCAGAAAGAGGAUGAGGAUACAGGAGUGAGCUGCAGUCUUGACAUGUUCCGGGAGCACCAAGAGGUUCGGCAGAUGGUGGACACUAUUGGGCAGGUGGAGACUGAGUUCACAGCAGAGAAAGCAUUUGAGGACCUAAAGAAGAUCCUUGAUAACUACCAGGAACAACCGCACUUACUGGAUCCUCAUCUAGAAGAGCUGCUGUCCUGCCUUGUGGAGGUGGUGCGCUCUCACCCACCUUCCUCCAUCACCACCCAGCAAGCCUUCCGCUACCUGUGGCUUAUCACCAAAGUGCGCAGCCACAAAAUUAUCUUCAAGAAGCUUUCACAUGAGGUAAAGGAUCUUUUACCAGUACUGCAGAUGUUGGAAUCACCAGAAGGAAGCUCAGACUUUUAUGCCAGCUACAUCCUGCUUCUGUGGCUCUCCAUCAUUGUGUACAUGCCUUUCAACAUGAUGGGUUUUGAUGCCAAAGUUGGAGGGAAGGAAGCACAAUCUGGCACUACAGUAGUCCAGAGAAUACUGGAAGUUGUUAAGGCUCAUUUGAAAUCAGCUCAGAAGUCCCGGGAAAUGGCAGCCUACCUGGCUUCACGCUUCAUCACCCGACCUGACUUGCGAGACGAGUUCCUGCCACAGUUCAUAGAGUACUGUUUUGAGGUGUUGGAGAAAGAGUCCCAAGGCAGUGUGUAUGAUGUGUUCCACAAGCUUGGUGUGCUAAGAACCCUUGGUCUCAUCUUCAAGCAUGGCAAACGGGAGGAAAUGUUGGAGUUCUCACAAAAGGUGUUGCCUCGGCUGGUAGCUUGUGGUGUUACUUGCUCCACAGACACACCAAUAAGAAAGCUUGCCAUGAAGGUUAUCCAACGCAUUGGACUGACUUUCUUGAAGCCAAGAAUUGUAUCCUGGCGUUACCAGCGUGGCAGCAGGAGUCUGGCUAUCAAUGUGCAGGGCAAUAAGUCAGAACACAUGCAAGGAGAUGCAGCAGACAAAAAUACUGAGGAGGAUGAUGAAGAGGUGGGAGAGGAUGUGGAGGAGGUGAUUGAGUAUCUGCUGCAGGGUUUGAAGGAUCAAGACACAGUGGUGAGGUGGUCAGCUGCUAAAGGUAUUGGCCGAGUGACUGGUCGGCUCCCACAAGAAUUUGGAGAUGAAGUUGUUGGAGCAAUUUUGGAACUGUUCUCUUCUCGGGAGUCUGAUAAGGCAUGGCAUGGAGGAUGUCUGGCUCUUGCCGAACUAGCUCGGCGUGGGCUGCUGCUCCCGGAACGUCUCCCAGCAGUGACACCUGUUCUCAACAAGGCCUUAGUGUAUGAUGAGCUGAAAGGGAAGUGUUUUAUGGGUGCCAACAUCAGAGAUGCAGCGUGUUACCUGUGCUGGGCCUUUGCCCGAGCCUACCAUCCUGACCAGAUGGCUCCCUAUGUAAGGGAGCUGGCUACAGGACUCAUUAUUGUUGCUCUCUUUGACAGGGAGAUUCCCUGCCGGCGAGCAGGCUCAGCAGCCUUUCAAGAACACGUUGGGCGUCAGGGAACUUUCCCACAUGGCAUAGAAAUCCUCACCACUGUUGAUUACUUUGCUGUCGGGAAUCGCUCCAAUGCUUUUCUCAAACUUAGUCUACAAGUCGCCAAAUAUCCUGAGUACACCAAGACCCUGAUUGACCACCUGGUGCAGCUCAAGGUCAUCCAUUGGGACUCUGCUAUAAGAGAACUGACUGCCAAGGCCUUACACAACCUCACACCACUGGCACCUGAGUAUAUGGCCAAGGCAGUACUACCCACACUCUUGGAGCUCACCACAAGUGUUAAGCUGGUUGCAAGACAUGGUUCUAUCCUGGCACUGUCACACAUUAUCCAUGGUCUGGCUCUGGUGACUGCUAAACAGGAAACUUCCCUUGUGGACCUUAUUGGUCAAGAUAUUAUGGAUGGCAUUGUAAAGAUCGUGCCCAUCCUUGAGGAAAGAAAACUUCUACGAGGUCUGGAUGGGGAGUACAUGAAGCAGGCUACUGCUGUCCUCAUUGAGAAGUGUUCUCUGGCUGCUCUUCCCCUACACCAUCAUGAAAUCCUCAAAGUGUGGCAUCAGCUGUUGGAGGAGUGCAUCGUUGUUAUUGAGGAGAACAUUCGCCUUGCUGCCUUGCAAGCAUUGGUUUCUCUUUGGACCACCUAUUUCCAGCCUGUCUCUCAAGCCGGCUUCAUGUGGCGGGAUGACUUGGUAAACCGGUACACUGCAUCCCUUAACACUGAUAAAGAGAUCCAGAGGCAGGGCUUCUCAGCUGCUCUUGGCUACCUCACCCAGCCACUGGUAAAAAACAAAUUUGAUGUGGUGCUUCUCGCCUUGAUCAGAACUACACAAAUCACCCCAGAGACCAGUACUUGGGCACAGGCUCGUCAGCAAGCUAUCACAUCUAUCAUCAGGCUUGUGGAGACUGUUGGCAUCCAAAAGGAUGGGAAAGAGAGUGAACAGGUCUGUGAAAGCAACCUGGGAUCUAUUUACGAGGCACUGCUGAGGAGCCUGGAUGACUACACCAUGGACCGGCGGGGAGACAUUGGGGCCUGGGUGAGGGAGGCUGCCAUCACUGCUUUACAGAUUCUCACCAAGAUGGUGCUGGUGAAAGACCCAUGCUUAUUGUCUAAAGAAAUAGUUAGAGAGAUGAUGGCCCGAGUUUGUCAGCAGGCAACAGAAAGGAUUGACAGGACUCGGAAGGUUGCAGGAACAGCCUUUGCAGCACUACUUCACAGUUUCCCAAAGCUGCCCCACAUUCCCAAUGUGAAAGAAGUGGAAUCUAUAUUUCCCAUGGAAUUGUGUGAUGGCAUGAACUGGGCCUCAGAGAAAUCUACCUUCAACCUCUUCAUGCAGCUUGUUGACUUCCCUGCCUACAGAUCCCGAGUACUUCUGGGAGUCACUUAUGCAGCAGGAGGAAUUUCUGCAAACCUGUCCCGGUACACCAAUGAAGCAGUGCACAAGUACCUUAGUGCCCGGGCUGAAAAGGUGGUGUUGUUGGCAGCCUUCCUAGAAACUCUAAUGGAGCAGCUUGCUACUCACCAGAAGGUUGAACGUAUCACAUUGCCACUACUCAAAACAAUAGGGGACCUGCUCAGCUCCUCAGCAGUGCUAGACAGCGUUCUUGAGCAAGACGACACUUACAUAUCCCGCUUAUUGGCCCUCAUGAAGAAAGAGUGUCAACGGUGCAGUGACUACCACAAACUUGCUGCUGUGAUCACUGUGUUAUGUGAGCUACUGCGGCUGUCCUCUCCGACCACCAAGGCAACCCUCACCCAGCUUGCACUUUUCCUUGGAUACCAGUAUCCCAAGGUACGAGCAGUAACAGCCACCAGCCUGUUGACAGCAUUGCAGGACUACUGUGACCAGGACAUUGUGCCAUCAGACCAUCUUGAGGAAAUCACCACCAUACUAGAAGAAACAGAAUGGAUGAACAACUUGGAGGACGCCCGCAAGCAGCGUAACCGCAUCUGUGAGCUGUGUGGAAUACCUCCACCACAACCUAAGAAGAAAUGACCUAACCUUGCUAAACACACAAAACUGUGAUAGUUCAUUUAAUUCUGUGUGUGCCUCACAAACUCGCAUUCUAGCCGACUUUUGCUUUUAGUUUUACUAGUUUAUGUGAUAGAGUCAUUAAUCAAAUGCACAUAACAUCAUGUACAUCUCUCUCUCUCUCUCUCUCUCUCUCUCUCUCUCUCUCUCUCUCUCUCUCUCUCUCUCUCUCUCUCUCUCUCUCUCUCUCUCUCUCUCUCUCUCUCUCUCUCUCUCUCUCUCUCUCUCUCUCUCUCUCUCUCUCUCUCUCUCAGCUAUUCAUUAAAUUUUUCUUGGGAUUUGAAA